AUGCCGCAAAAACCGAUUAAGGACGAGGACGUGGAUAUCGAGCCGGAUCAAUUCUUAGCCGAUCUACCGCCUUCCGGUCGCUCGGAAGAAUCAGGUAUCUCUGCUUCUAGCUCUAGUCUACAACCCAUACCAUUAGCGUUUUCUUCGAUCUCAUCUGAGCCUCAGGAACGCCGCGCCCAAACACCAUCGGCUUCUGGAGGACGCUGUAAUAACAACAAUCGAGCUGUCAAGCCUCAACUUGUGCCUUUUAAUAAAGCCGUUGCUGCCUUUGGACCAGGUCCAGCCUUGCCCCGAGACGAUGUGGUGAAGCAUCUGCCGCCAAAGCUGGUGGAGACGCUGGUGGACGUCGUGAGGACACUCGAUAAAAUUGCAGACAGUGUGGCAGGCUUUCGACCAGACCAGCUAGGCUUCCUCAGCGACAACGUCACGCGAUAUGUGGAGCUAUUGCAACAGACGGACCAGGCGGCGGCCGAGUACCACGCAGACAUUCCAUUGCAAGUACUGCAGAUGAUGGAUGCUGAAGAAGACUCGAACCCCGAGUUGUUUACUAAGAUGCAGCUGGAAAAGUGCCACGAGGAGAGCCAACAAGCAGCUGUAAAGACCGAGACAUUGGAGAUGCUGAGAGAAGCUUUAAUGACUGGACUGGAGGAGCUCGAGUGA